AGUCAGGUGGUACUACGCGUGUGGGGUGUCUAUAAGUGGGAGAAGUGGGCAUGGCACCAAGAUUCAGGGGGACCUGGUAGGCUGACUGUGGGCAGCUCUCACUGACCGCCCCCCUCUGUUAGCCACACCCAGGGAUCCACGAUGCCCAGCUGUGAUCGUUCCUGUGGCUGCAGCCGCGGCCCCAACGUGGAGGAUGGCAAGUGGUAUGGGGUUCGCUCCUAUCUCCACCUCUUCUAUGAGGACUGUGCGGGUACUGCCCUCAGCGAUGACCCCGAGAGGCCCCCUGUCCUAUGCCCCCGCCGACCCUGGCCCUCACUGUGCUGGAAGAUCAGCUUGUCCUCAGGGACCCUGCUUCUGCUUCUGGGUGUGGCGGCCCUGACCACUGGCUAUGCAGUGCCCCCCAAGCUAGAAGGCAUCGGUGAGGGUGAGUUCCUGGUAUUGGAUCAGCAGGCAGCCGACUAUAACCGGGCCUUGAGCACCUGCCGUCUGGCAGGCAUGGUGCUUUGUGCAGCAGCGGGAGUCCUCCUGGCCAUCUGCCUGUUCUGGGCCAUGACCAGCUGGCUGAGCCAAGACACCAAAGCAGAACACUUGGACACCGAAGUUAAUGGCCAUGUGGAGGUCUCUGGGGAUGAGCUGGAGCAGCAGCUGUCCCCCAUCUUCCGUGAUACCAGCAGUCAGUCAUGGUUCUCACCACCCCCCAGCCCCUUUGGGCAAUCUUCUGUGCAGACCAUCCAGCCCAAGCGGGACUCUUGAGUUGCCCACUCGGCCAGAGGAGGAGCUGGGCCUGGGGCCUGGGCCCUUCUUCCUCUCCGCCAUGCUCUGCCUUCCCACUGUCUCCCCAACUUCUCCCUUUCAGCAGGGCCUGUUUCAUCCAAGCCCCCAAAAGGCCCGACUCUAGGUCAGAAAGUCUGGAGGUCAAAUCUCCCUGUCCCUCCCCCAUGGAUAGGACUAUAACUCAUCCAAGAUGCCAAUCUUCCCCAAAUCCUCCUAAAAGGUCACACCCGCUCCUCCUUUCCAAGGCCCCAGAAAGGAACCGGAAACAUCUGCUUCAACCUGGCCCCUGCUCUUCCUGCUGUGUGACCUUGGGCGAGCCCCUUUCCCUUUCAGACCAUCAAUUCCUGCCUCUGUACUAUGAGGGGUUUGGACCAGAUUUUGAGUUCUGUGACCUUCCUGAUCCUUUCUCCCAGCGUAUAAGCACUGCCCUCCACAUGCAAGGAUGAGCGGAAGGGUUAAGGGGUGAUUCUCUCAUCCACCAGGAUGCCUCGGGACGAGUCAGAGAUGCUCCCUUGGCCUUCCUUUCCAGGAUGGUGUGAAAACAUCCUAAUUUACCCCAUGUAGUAUGUUUUCUGCAUGCAUUUGACAUCAGAGCCUCACAGUCUACUGUCACAGGGUUAUUAUUGGCCCCGGUUUACAGAUAAAGGGGCCGAGCGCAGCUGAGAGUUGAUGUGUCCAAGGUCACACAGCAAGGCAGUCCACGGGGACUCAGAGCCACAUCUUCAGACCCCUCCUACUCCAGCUCUUGUUCCACAUCUCACUCUGUCCUGAUUCCCAGGGAGACCCAGUGGGCAGGGGGCAGCGUUGGCCCAGAGAGGCUAGCCAGAGGCCUGAUGGUCCCAGGUAACUUGGAAGAUAUUCUGGACAUGGAUUUAAGUGGCUUCUAAAAGGCAGAAAGCAGGAGAACUGGGAUGUCUUUGCUCUCUCAAAGUCCCUCCACCUAGCCCCAGACUCUGACCUGGAGAGACCAGCGGCUCAGUCCUGCAGGCUCCCCAGCCAGUGGCGUUGUAUUAUCCUUUCUCCACCACUAGGGGGAGCUCCAAGACAGCUGGAGAGAAGUGCUCAUGGACUUCCCAGCUCCCGGCCACUCCCCAACACCACCCGUAGCCUGGACAAGCCUCCUGAAUGGGUCCUCAUUCCUCACCAGGCCAGGACCUACCACCCUUGUGCCCCUUGCCUUUCCUCAUCCUACACCCUUUGCAUCCCACCUUC